AUGCUCACCCGUGACAAGACACAAGCUGGGGUCGAGAGGUCUGACUUAGAGAGAACGCUCGAGAAGUUGGGCUUCAAUGUUGCGGAAGAGGAUGAGGGUACGAGCAAUCCGGUUUCAUGGAAUCGGCAAGGCGGCAGUGGGUCUGGGGAGAAGGACUUUGGACAAGAGAAGGAGCUUAUGCUGGCGUUGUUUCCCGCCAGAAAGAAGACAUACAAGCUCCAGCCACAGCAUCUGGGACUACCAGCCGUGCUUAGACAUGUGUUUGUUGCCCAGGAGGAGCUGUUGAAGCGAUCUGCAGGGGGCAUGGUCGAGAGCAGCUCCAUGCGUGUAGCGAUGAAAAAGGCUGAGGCGUGGCUGCGAACGCGUGUUUGCGGCCCGCGCGCCUUCAAGGUUUCAAGAUCUCUUCAGAGUAUCACCAACAAGAAGCCUUUCAUCGUGUUCUUUUUCAUGCUCACGGUCUACAUUCUCGUUUUUCCAGACCUCAUACAGAUCUUGACAGACAGCGAUGCCGACAACACGUUGCUUACAGCGAACACCGUCGUGUUCUUCUUGUUUCUAUUCGAGCUCAUCCUCAUCGUGUCUGUGGAAGGAAGCUACAUUUUGUCGAUACCAUUUGUGCUGGAUGCCGUUUCCUUAGUCAGCAUCUUUGCCGACACAUGGUUCAUGGCAGAGAUCGCUGUGGACACGAAGAGUUCCUCGCUCUCCCGCCUGGCGCGAUCCUCCAGAAUAGCGAGGAUAGCAAGAAUUGGGCGAGUGGCUAGAGUUACAAAGCUGAUUCCGCGCGUGCUGAAGCUUUGCAGGAAACAGAGCAAUAAGCUCGCUGAACAGUUGCUGCUGCGGCGCUUGUGGCGGCUAUUCCAGUAUCUAGACACGGCCCGUGAGGGAAAGCUCUCGGCGUUUGACUUGAAAAUUUUCUACCUGGCUCUCCUGCAGGAAUGCCCCCAUGUGCGCCCAGACAAGAUUGAUGUGGUCAGCAUGCUGGAGAAGGACUCUGAGCUUCUGUUGAGUUGUGGCCAAGACGAAAAAGGACACGUCAAUGAGCUGAGCCAGACCCCAAGGACAUUUAUGAAGAAUGGCAUUCAGCAUAUCGCGCGCUUGAUCGGGAGCAGCUCUAUCUGUUGCGAAGUUCGGUGCCAAUUCAAAGGGUGCCGGCUCGCAGGGUGCCAGGCGGUUUGA